GGUUCAGUCGUCUUUUCGGUUCUGUUUGUGGGAAUGUUCAAAAAAGACGAGUUGACACACUCGAAUUCAGUCUACGAGCGACUACGUGUAAGAAAGGUCGCGCUAAUUCGCAUCCCCGCAACACAACAACAACUACAACAAAAAACCAAAUUUAUUUACAUAAAAGAGCGAACGAAAAAAAAGAGUCAUAACAAAAACAAAAUACAAAAAUAGAGAGAGAUAAAAACGAGAUCGUUUUGCCGCUUCUUGCUUUUAAAACGUUGAAAUUAAUUUUUUUUGUAAGUCCCGGUGAAUUAUCCAUAUAGCGUACAAUGAAAAAAUACCAGCCAAUUUUUCAACGAGCUGUCCAAUUCAAAUAAAAUUCGAAUGCAUGGUUAGAUCAAGCGCUGAUAAACAAAUCAACAACAAAACACACCGAGCGAGCAAAAAGAACACAUUAGAAUUGAACAAAUAAAUCAAAGUUAAAAAAAAAUUCUGCUAUCGAUUCCUCUAUACUUGUAAUAAAUAAAAUAAAAAAUUGUUUGGUUCCUUGAAAGUAAGCCGAGAAAAAGCGAAACAUCAUCACACAGCAUUUUAUCGCGAAAAGUAGAAGCAAGCGAAAAAAAAAAUACACACACACAACACAACGAGAUUGUUUGCUGCAUUGAGAAAACAGCAAGAGCAGAAAAAAAAGCAACGAGCGCAACAGCAUUCGUCAUAUUUUGAAAUUAAGACGAAAACAAUUUUUCGUAGUUGUAACGCUUUUUCUUCACUUCUUCUUCGAGAGAAAGAAAGAGAGAAAGAGAGUGUGAAAUAAAUUUUGGUGAAGCUAAUCUCGCAAAAUUGUGAUUAUAUUUCAUUUCGUUUUUUUUUUAUAAUAAAGUAAGGUAUUAAAAAAAAUCGAAAGAAAAAACCACGAGAAAGUGAAUUGACUCGAAAACAAAGGGAAAAAGUUAUAUUAACAAAAAAAUCAUAAACAAAACUAAGCGUGACAACCUGUAAAGGGACCGACCGAAAAUCUGCAAAUUCCAUUGAUCGCGCACAAACUUUGGUGUCAUUCGAUAGAAACAACAAACAAACACAAAAAAUUAAACGAUUUUAUUUGUCGGAUUUCUGUGUGUGAAUAUUAUUAGCCCAGUGAAUUUAUGUUGUUUUGAGUGAAAGUUACAAUACGUUUCGGCAAUAUUAUAUUUUAUAUAUCGUUUGGACGACAGAAGCAAACACAAAAAAAAAAGAUUAUAAAUAUUAUAAAAUUGAAGAAAAAGGAAAACAAAGAAAAAAAUUCCGUGGUGCUUUCGAUAAUACGCAAUAAAAAAAAAUCAAGCGAGAGAAAAAAGAAACACAGUCUGGAUUCAGCUUGUGGCGAAAUUCACUAUCGAAAAUUAAUGUGUUUGUUGAUUUGCGCGCUUCUGUCCGCAUCUGUGUAAUCGCGAAAUACCAAUUGAAACAGAGAACGAGAGAGAAGAAACGAACAAAAAAAAAAUCUCGUCAGCCAUUUUUAGACUUCAGUCGAAAUGGAAACGACGCAUUUUCUCUCUGUAUUUCUGUCUCUCUCCUACUCUCUCUCACUACGAACAAGCAAAUUUAUCGUUCUAUAUUGUUCGUUCAAUCGAUUGCAUACACCGUUACUACCGUCGUUAGCGUAGUCGUUCGUGUGCACUUGCUUAUCAUAAUUCGAGCAAAGCGAAAUAUCGAAGAUCGGCCAUAAUUGAACACUCACGACCACUCCAUUACUUUACUCAAUCAACUGUGGGCUCUAAUAGACAAUGCUCGAUUCUAUUUGCCUUUCGAUUAAAUGUUACGCAUAAGCACUCAACUUGAAACCGCAUUUUCUGACUUUGAACUGAAUUAAUUCACUUUUUUUUCGCUAUUCAUUCGAAUUGGGCACCAAUUUGCAGGUGAUCGCAUUUUGCCUUUGUCUCUUUUCUCUAUCUCUCUAUCUCGCUCUGUCUGUCUCUGUUCCAUGUUUUUUCGUUCAAAAUCAACUGAUUUCGAGAAUUUCCCGUCAAUUUGAAAACCACUUGAAAUUCCAUUCAGAGUAGUCACAUCGGUCAAAAUCACGAUGAACCAAAACGUGAAUAAAAAAUAAUAGAAAAAAAUGAUAAGCUAAACUAAUGUUUUUCUCUUCGAAACGCAUUGUUCGAACAAUUUCUGUUGUUGUCGAAACUGUUCGUCGUUGUCGUUGUCGUUUCCCUCGUAUCGUUUGCGUUUUACAACGAAAACAAAAAAAAAUGGUUUGUUGCUAUCAUAAAAUCGGUGUGUGUUUUUUCGGUCGUGAGCACACAUUUUGUCGUGGCACAAACAUAAAAUUCAAAAGAAAGUUUGUUUUUAUCUUAUCUCGAAUUAAAUCACCAUUGGCGACGCUGAUAAAAUAAAAUACGAAUGAAUUCUCCAUCUGAUUCUCUUUUUUCCGUCGUCAUCGUCAUCAUUCUCUGCUGCUAUUUCGUUUCGUUGACUGAUUUGAUUGGCGACAAUAAGAAGUAUACAAACAAAAAAAAAUUGGGUAUUUGAUGCGAUAAGAAAAACCGAUUGGAUUUAACCCUGUGGCGUACGAUCAAAAAAUGCUAAUGAUUUGUGUCAAAAAUCCCAUUUGCAAAAAAAAAACUGAGAAAAAUCGUUUUGUCAAGAGUCCUAUUCAAUCUAACGGUGACAUGACGUCUGUUGUUUUGAUGCAAACUGAAUUGACCCGAAUGCUAAAAUAGAACACAGUAAAUAAAACCAGAAACCAGGUGGUUUCGUCCACAUUCAAUCAAUCGGUUCACUGUUUUGAAUGGAAUUUUGCCGACAGAGAAUCAAAUAAACAUAACAAUCGAAAGGUUAACAGAGCGUUUUCAAGGUUUUUUUUUCUGAUUCACAUACUCACAUGAAUUUAUGAACGUUUUUUUCUCUCUCCGCCGGCUCUAAUCGGUAGCUUGUUUUGCCGACAACACUUUAGGUUUUCUGUAUGUAAAAAAACAUUCAUAAAAACGAUUGCAGCAAUUUCAAAUCAAAAACACACAAAAAUGUGAGAGAAAAAACUCAAUUUCUAAAUUAGUCCAAUUGAAAUUUUUUUUUUAGCAAAAAAACCUUAUUAAAUCAUUUGAUUUUAUCAUAAACCAAAAACGAAAACCAUUUGGGGGUGCGAUUGAACUUGUGGAAAGUGAUCGAAUUCGAAAAACGAAAAAAAAUGUGAUCACUUUUGGCCGAAACCCCAAAGGUGGUGCAUUUAAUCAGGUUUCGAUUCCUUGUUCGCUAGUCCAUCAUACAUGUUUGUUUAUUUAUUUGCAUUGCUUGUUUUUCGGUUUUUGGUGUGGUCGCAAUGAUUAUGUUUUUUUUUCUUUCUCUUCAUCCAUUGAUAUGAUUACAAUUUAUAUUUUCUUCCGCGAACAAAGCGAAAAAUUCCAUGAUUCACACAUACGGGGCAUUGGCUACCACAUCGAACCGAAAGAAAAAAAAUCCGUCGGCAUUCGAUCCGUGUUCAAACGACGCAGAGAGAUUUCACCUAUUUGUUUUUAUCUUGCGAUUGCAGCUUGGCACACUUGUAAUCUAAUGUUCAAGGUUUUCGGCACGACUCCUUUUCACUUUGGAUGAUUUUCGUUGCGUGCACGCCACCGUUUUAUGAUGGGUUCUUUUUGCCUUUGACUUUCUGUGAUUACGAACGACACACAGCACAGAGAAAUCCGAGUCAAAGUGGUGUGCCACGCGGAGGAGGCGGUGAAGGAUGAGGAUCGGAACAGAGAGUCUCGUUUUGAUUUGUAUGCAUGCGUAUAAGGGUCAUUUGGUUUUAUUUAUUUUUAUGAAGAAAUCGUCUUUCGUUUCGUUUGUUUAGCGCUUUGUGUGUGUGUGUGUGUGUGCGUAUGUUUGUUCUCCGUUUGUUCUCUCUGGCGGAAUUGCUGUUGAUAUCGCGGCUUUUCAUCGGCGUCGCAGAUUUGCUAAAUACAUUUUCGUUCACUCUCUCUCUCUCUCUCUCUCUCAAUCACCGUCGCGAACACAUUCGCUCUCUCAUUCACUUUCUGUCGACUGCAACCGUCAUCACAUUUAUUAUGUCGCACUCUAAUGAUGAUGAGUGGAAGUGUUCCAUUCUUCUUCUUCUUUUUUUUAUCCUUCAUCCUUCUUUUUGCGCUUUCAAUUUCGAAUGCGCGCACUCGCCUGCUCGCCCAUGUUGUGUUUUUUCUUUCUUCUUUUCUUCUGAGUGUGUGCUGUAUUGUGUUGUUGGUUUCCCAUUUUCGUUUCAAUUAUUGUGGCUACCAUAAGCGUAUAGGCGCUAAUAAACGAGCCUCGAUUCGUCUAUAUGUGUACACACGGCAAGGCGAAGAUCACGUUGUGAACCACCGAGAUGAGGACACAAGAACUAUAACAAGAACAACAAUAACGGCAACAGCGUUGUGGCCGACGGUGCAACCAUGCCACCGUCGCCGUCGUCGUCGUUUUCAGCUCUAGCAUCGCAUUCAUCGACACGUUGACGUUAUGUCGUGUGAAAAAGACGGAAAUCCUGACGUUUCAAAUGAAUGGAAAGAAAUUAGUGGAUACUGAAGCGAUGAAUGUUCGAAGCGAGAGUUCGAUGCCAAGAGAGAGAGAGAGAGAGAGAGAAUAGUGGAAAAAGUGCGUGCAAACCAAUUAUAUUGUUUCAACCAAAAAAAGAGAAAAGAAUACACACCUAGAGACAAUAGCAACAGCAACGAUUUUGUCAAUCUAUCAUUCGGACGAAAUUAAACGGCCAACGUGUGACAACGUCGAAUAACGUCGAUUGAUCACCACAGACAAAACGAAUAAAGAACAUUUUUAUCUCUAUCUUGAACAAAAAAAAAUAACACAAGAAAAGAAAACACAGACAUACACACACAGAGAAAGAGUGAAAGAAGUCAGAAGAAGAUAGAGAGAAAGAGAAAUAUGUUCAGUAAUAACUAUGUAUGUAAUAGCAACCAAAUCAAAUUAAGUAUUAUCCCGGCUUAUUUUGGCAAGUAGAGCGCAUCAGCAGAGCAGCUUUAUUACAUAUAUAAAUAUAAAAAAAACAAAGCAAAACAAAAACCAAGCAAACCAUAUAUAGACAUAUAUAUACGCAUUCUUGUUCGGCCGUCUGCAAAACCAAAUACCAUUUCGGACUGAUAAAUAAAAAGCAAACAAACCAAAACACCACUGCAAAUUCCCCUCCUGCAAAAUCAAAGCAAAGCAAAGACAACAAUCGGCCAGCCGCUCUGACACAACCGCGCGCUUUCUGUACCGACCCACAACGAACAACCACCACAGUCAAAAAUACAGCGAAAAUGCAGUGCAAAGCAAAUAAUGCCGUGAACUGAAAUGAAAUUGAAGUAAAUCGAUGAUUGAACAAAUUGAACAAUUGACAAGAAAAGGAAAACCGGAAUUUUAGCCAGAAAAAAAUCAAAGUGAAAAUAAUAAACAAAAAGAAAGCAAACGAAGUAACAAAAAAAUACCGGCCAGUCCAGAGUUUAAUGUUUUCGUUUUGUGCAGGCGAAUUGUGUGCAAAAUCAUUCGCUUGAAACGCGCUUUUUUUCUAACGAGCAAAAAAAAAACGAAACAUCUGACCCGAUACUCUUCCAAUUGGACCCACACUAAAAUCGAAAUAGAAAAAGGGAGCAACCAUUGCGUUUCACUAGCCGACGUUCAUUCAAUAACGUGGAAACAAUUAAAGAAAAACGUGAACGCGCCCAGGACACAACAAAUCCCCAAAGUGGAACCACAUCUUCAGUGAACAGAUACUUAACACCGACUUCUUCUAGUCCCUAUUUGCCAUAAUUCGAUAAGUUUCUUAUAAACAGAACGAGAGAAAAAAAAACUUAGUGCACCGCGACACAUUAUAUCCACAACUACUUUUCUAGUGACAAACACAGACUCUUCAUGACACCAAAAUAAACCAAAACAAAGAAAAAAAAACUUGGAGCAAAAACAGAAGCAAAAAAAAAAAACGAAAUUGCGAAGCGUGAAAGUGACUGAAUAAGAAAGUAGAAGCAAAUAAAUCAUUUCAAGCGUUUCACACCGACUGAAGCAUCUGAAACUAUUCAAUACCCUCUCUCGAAACGAGGACGCAGUGAGAGUUGCACACGGGUCAAAAAGAAGAAAACAAAAGACCACACAAAUAAAAUAAAACAUCGAUCAAUUUUGUGAUAUAUUUUCAAAAGAAAACAAAAUAAACAAGUUUAAAAUUAUUUAUUAACACACAAAUAAACAAAAAAAAGGAAUUAAUUAGAAAAUAAACAACUAAGACUUAAAUCUUGUGUUGCUUCUACGAAAGAGAUUAAACAAGUAUCGACACGGUGAACAUACACAAAGGGAUGAAUUGAAUCGAAUCAAACUGGUGAUAGAAAAAAAAAUCGAUUUUUUUUUAAAUUAUUAACACACGGGACUGAACACAUUUCUAAAAAGAAACGAAAAACAAACACUCGAAUCAAAUCCUUUGCGCCGUUUACUUUAGCAAAGAUAAAUAAAAGAGAGUGAGCAAAGAAGAAGAAAAAAAAAACAAUUUUUAAGGAGGCAUUACCGUAUAAUGGCAUCAAUGGUCAACAUGAAUAAUCUAUUAAAUGGUAAAGAUUCGCGUUGGCUUCAACUGGAAGUGUGUCGUGAAUUCCAGAGAAAUAAGUGCUCACGACCGGAUACUGAAUGCAAAUUCGCCCAUCCACCGGCCAAUGUCGAAGUGCAGAAUGGACGCGUCACGGCUUGCUACGACAGCAUCAAGGGCCGUUGCAAUCGGGAAAAGCCACCAUGUAAAUAUUUCCAUCCCCCACAACACUUAAAAGAUCAACUAUUAAUAAACGGAAGAAAUCAUCUUGCCUUGAAAAACGCACUUAUGCAACAAAUGGGCAUCGGUCCCGGCCAACCGGUCGGUAUACCGGGUCAAGUUCCUGCAGUGGCCACGAACCCGUAUUUAACUGGAAUGCCAGCUAAUACUUAUAGUCCAUAUUUUGCUCCUGGUCAUUUAGUGCCUACAUUAUUAGGGCCUGACCCUUCAACUGUUGGCUCUCCGCUAGGACACACUGUCGUUCCACAAGCCGUUCCAGUUGCACAACAGAAAAUUCCCCGCUCAGAUAGACUAGAGGUGUGUCGCGAAUUCAUGCGCGGCGCCUGCAAGCGAGCUGAAUCCGAAUGCCGAUUUGCUCAUCCACAAGAGAGUGUAUCAUCACAUGAAGAUGGUUCAGUCACGGUAUGCAUGGAUGCCGUGAAAGGUAGAUGUGCCCGUGAACCUUGCCGCUACUUCCAUCCUCCUUUGCACCUUCAGGCUCAAAUAAAAGCAGCACAGACACGCGCAACCGCGUCAGCGCCAUCGUAUGCCUCAUUGACAUCCAAACCGACCAUUGCACAAGCGUCACAGCAACAAGGCACUGCUGUUACAUCGUCCAUUUUAUCAAAUGUAAGCUGUAUACAAGUAACACGAGACACCGGAAAGAAACGCGCUGCUGACAGCGAUGUACUUCAAUCUAUGAUGGAUAUGAAAUCGGUAGGAUCAUUCUACUAUGAAAAUUUUGCUUUCCCUGGCAUGGGUGUACCCUUUAAGCGGCCAGCUGCCGAUAAGUCGGGCAUACCAGUCUAUCAACCCGGUACAACAUACCAGCAACUGAUGCAGUUACAGCAACCAUUCGUUCCAGUUUCAUGUGAGUACCCUAGCCCCAGUCCUACUGCAACUACAACUUCAAAUCCACAAUCAUCUACAGCAAAUCCAAUAACAACAAACGAUAAUAAUAAUACCGUUAGUAAUAAUAUCGAUAACUUGAUGACAAAUAACGAAAAUAACAACAACAACAACAACAACAACAACAGCAUCAACAACAAUAAUAAUAAUACCGAACAGAAUAAUAACGAAAACAAUAACAACAAUAAUAACAAUGACGUGGAUGGUAAUCACGUGGAUAAAGUGGUGGCUGCGGUCAGUGUGCCAGCAACCACGGUUCAAGAAUUGUUAACGGCUUCCGUUGUGCCUACAUCUGCCGUUGCAAUUGCACCGGCCCAAUCGCCGGUCAGUCAAGCUAGUGUCGAUAGUAAAAUCGAAAUGAUGCAACAACAUCAACAGCAGCAGCAGGCAGCUGCUGCUGCUGCUGCUGCUGCCGCUGCCGUGGCCGCCGCUCAGCCCCAAAUUUAUAUGAACAAAACAGCGAGCACUGUGACCAAUUCGUUGGCCCAUUCAAAGUAUAACACAACUUACGUGCCUCAUUCACAGUCACAAGCCCAUACCGUUGUUAGCACACCACAAUAUCAGCCAUAUUCAGCACCGGCCACCCCGCAAUUUGUCACCUCAUUGUCGAAUCCAAGCACUGCCAUUUACAAUUUAACCUUUUCAUCGGCACAAUCAGCUGCCGUCGCCGCUGCUGCUGCCGCCAAUCAACAGCAAACGUUUUACAACAGUACGAAUGGUGUGGCAUUGGGUAAUACAUUGAGUGCCACAUCCGUUCAAAAUAUUUCGGAUCCUGCAACAUUGGCACGUGAAUUGGCACAGAAAAAUUAUACGAAUGCAUUAAAAUUGGCGGCCGCAUCGAAUAUGUACUCGGGAAAACCGUUGACUGCUUUUAAUUAUACUGGCAUUGCCUUGAACAUGAACAAUAAAAAUCCAUUGUUGCCUACGCAAACACCGAAACCGAAAACACCACAACAUCAACAUCAACAUCAACAGCAACAACAGCAACAGCACAUUGCCCAUUCGCAUUUGAAUUCGGCGGCACAAAUAGCGGCCGCCAAUCAAGCGGCUGUGAUGGCCCGUCAAAUGGGCCAAAUGAGCCAAAUGGGUCAAAUGGUUUCAAUUGGCGGCGGUACCGUCAAUAAUACAGCAAAUUCGGUCAUUUUUUCACGGCCAUCACAAAUGUUUGUGUCCAAUCCAACGGUUGCGGCUAGUCAAUUUUUACGCCAUCCAAAACCAGUGGCCAGUGCUACCCAUCAUUUGAAUCAUGCAAUGCCAUUGAAUGGCAUGUCAUUGAAUAGUUUGCCAUAUUUGCCUUUUGCUGCUGGCGCACAUCCAAUGGCCAAUCUUCAGGCUGUCGCACCACAUCCACUCAGCGGCCUGGGCUCAUUGCAAACAUUACCACAAAUGACGAAUGCACAACAAAGUGCUGCCGCUGCAGCGGUCGUCCUUAAUCCAUACAAGAAAAUGAAAACGUCUUAAAUGCCAACGUCGAAGUCGUAGUCGUCAUCAUUUUGUUAUACUUCUUCGAAUGCAAAACAGAAAGAUAGUAGUCAGUGUGUGCCAUCGAUCCAAUUUUAUUCGAAAUUUCGAUGGCACCGGAAACAUAGAACAAUGUUUCUCGUCUACUCGAUCCAUUUAACGCCAUUUUUUCUUCGAUUUAUUUUUUUUCGGUGGAUUAUCACAAGUGGAACUAUUUUGACCUCAACUUUUUUUUUAAAAUAAAUUAGUCAUAAACUAGAAGACUUUUUAUGUUUCAAUAUAUUUGUUUCUCCCUUUUUUAAUGUAUAUGUAAAAUAGUUCCACCUUGAAGUUUAUUAUUAGAUUUUCCACACAAACACAUAAAAAACACAUCUAACAGAAUUAUUAUUGCGGCGUCGGCGUCUCGAAACAAAGAAGAAGUUUAAUUUCAUGCACAAAAACCAAUCGUAGCCUUGAAGGCGCCAUUUCAAACCACAAAUCUAGUUUGAUAGUUUUUGAUUUCAUGUUUUUUAUUUGUUUCUCGUAUUAGUAUUCUGACGUAGGCAUUAAUUCAACCUUUUUGAACAAAAGUAAGAAUUGUGUUUUUUUGUCAUCUUCAUUUUAAAUUUGAUAAAUAAAACAAAAAAUUAAUAAUAAUUAAAUGCGUAGCACGCUACACAGGAAACGGGUGACUUAUUUUUAAUUCUAUUUUUACGUCGCACAAAUCAAAAAAAAAAAGUUUACAAAAAAAUUUACAUACAAUCAAACUAAAUAUAUAGCGUAUUUAAGCUCAUUGCGGUAGAUUCUAUCGUUUCUCUCGGUUUCGGUUCCUCUUCCACACAAACACACACACAGAUGGAACCAGAAGCAAAAAGUUGAUUUAACGAGACAACCAUAGAGAGAGAAUUUCUUUUUAACCAAUUUUAACCACAUUUUUUUCUCACUAGAACAUUGAGUAAAAACAACCAAUUUUAUGGAUAUUUAAUCAAAAAUUACAAAAUAUUAAUCGAAACGUGUAAUGCAUACUAAAUUCGUAAGUCAUGUACUAGUCAUUUCGGGUCGAUUUAGUGAGACUUAGUCGAUCUGAUCAACGAAGAAAACGAAAGGGGGAAAAAAUGAGAAACAUCAAAGUGAAACUGUUUUGUUAUUUAGACCCAUUUUGUUUAGUGAAAUCUUCUUGUCUUUGUUUUUUUUUUUUGAAAUUAUUCUACGUGCUUAUUAAUUUGUGUUCCUUUUUUGUUCGCCGUCGUUCAAAUUGGAGAUACAUGUGAAUUACGAAUUUCGGUUAAAAACCGAGAAAUAAAAGAAAAUAUACCUCGUUUUUAGUUUGUCAUAUUAAUUUUUAGAGCUUUCUUCGAAUGAAGACAGCGUUUCUUGAUGAUGAAACAACAACAAAAACUGAUCAAUUUUCAUCAUUUAGUUAAUAUGCAAUCGUUAGUUAAUUUUUUUUUCUUUUUCUAUUCAUUUUUUUUGCAAAUUUUCGUGUCAUUAUUAUUUUAAAAUGUAUAAAACAAAAACGAAAAUUGGAGAGAAUUUCGAAUUUUCCAAGAAAUGGUUAAAUUAACUUUGUUUUUUUUUAAAAAUGGAAUGGAUUUGACAACGAUGCAAAAUGUGUACUGUGAUAUGUUCCGAUGAUGUGUGGAUGAAUCAAGAAAAAUCAUUCGAAGCAAAACGAAUAAAUUGAUGAGCGUGUCACACAUUUGUGGUUUUCAACGGAAACGUCAUCUCAUCUUCGAAAGGAAGAAACGAUGCUUCAUCUGUGAAAAGAAGAAAAAUAAAAAUCGCACGCUUUUUCUGUUCAAAUAGCUGUUAUAAUUUUCUUCGCUUGCAAACGGAAGCUGAGUUGUGCGACAAACAGGCAAGACGAUAACAGAAUAUCGUAAAUAAUUUUCCAAACAAAUAAUGUUUACGGAGAAGUAAUGUAUUUUUGGCGCUGUAUUAAUAUGUAUGUCGCUAUAUGUACAGAGAAAAAAAAACUCGUUGUUGGUCAUUGCAUUAAGCGAAUAAACCCAAAAUGCUCGCCAUUGCACUUUUUAUGUAAUUUAUAAUUGCCAUUUGCGCCGGCAUAUCACGGCCAAACAGCAUUUGAAAUGUAAACAAUGAAGAAAAAACCUCGAACACUUUUCGCUUUGUCUGUUCAUGCUAUCAGCUAUUGUUCGAUGCAUAUUUUAUGUUUGCUUCAAACGUAUCACACCACAAUCACCAUCACCUCAACCACCACACCCUAUCGACAGAAAAAAAAACUCCUUUGCAUCACAUUCGCAGUGCGAAACAAAACAAAAUUGCUGUCGUUGCUGAAUGUGGCGUUCAUCUUGCCAUGCAUACGCUUUUAAAAAAAACACACAAACACACACACAUUCAACUGAGAAAAAGCUUUUAUCUUGCCGCUUAUUCCACUCUAUGUCUCUCGACUCACCACUGUUAGUUGUGCUUUAAACGAAACGAAAACGGGCCACUACAUGAUUGUAAAGAGAAAACCGAACUGAAAUGAAAAGAGGCGAAAAAUAGCAUGAAAUCGGCUGCUCAUCGCUCACUCAGUGCUCGCUGUAAUUCAACGCACGUAAUCUAAAACAAACAACAAUAAAUCGAUUAAAAGAAACCCACUAAUAACCAAUUUUCUAAAAAAAAAAAACAAAAUAAUCAAAAUGUAAACAAAAACGAAGAAAAAAAACAAACGUUAAAAACACCAAAAAUCAACACAUGGAUUUGCUCGAGUCAGGCCUAUCAAUUUGUCCUUAGUUGGGAAUUGCAAAUGGAUUUUUUUUUUUUGGAAACAGAAAAAAAACAAAAGAAUAUUAAACGAAGAGGAAAAAACACGAUAAAAUCGCACUGAAGAAAGAGAAAAAAAAAGAUUAUUACACAACAAGCAACAAGAACAAAACCAUCUCAAUCGAUAUAUGAUUGAAGAAAAUGAAAGAGUGAACAAAAGGAAAUCAACAGAGUUAUUUUGUUUUUGGUUGAAAUCUUGAAAUCCUAGAACAAACCGCAAUUUUACGCCUAUCUAUUUCUAUUAUAUAUGUAUUAAUUUUCAACUUGAACAAUAACGUAACGGUUUUUUCUCUUUGUUUUUUUUUUAUUCCUCUGCUCAUAAGUGUGUACUGUAUAUUUAAAACCAAACCGUUUUUUUUUCUUCAAUUUUUUUUGGUUCUUUAACAGUUGUUUUUUGUAUUUUUUUCACAUUUUUAUAUAUACAUAUAUAUCUGUAUUUAGCAAGAUAUUUUGUUGUGUAUGUUCCAUAUAUUUACUAUAUACGGAUUAUCUAUCAUUAUAGCAUUUAAAAAAAACAAAUCGAAAAACAAAACAAAAAUAUACUAGAACUGCAAAACAAAACAAAAAACAAACAAACAAAAAAAAUCACAAAAUAAUCAAGACAAUAUAUAUAUAUGACAAAUAUCUAUCUUUAGCGUGUAACAUUUGCCUAACCAGCAGACAACCUCUGUAUGAAACCAUGUUCUUUUUUUUGUCGUAGUAGCCCAUUGAGUAUUUUCUUUUCGGUUCUCUCUCUCUCUCUCUCUCUCUCUCUCUCUCUCUCUCUCUCUCAGUAUAUUAUAAUAUAAAUGUCUAACUUUUUGCGCCAUUUCUUUCGUUGUUUUUAAUUAUUUGUAAUAUUUUUUUUUUAAAUACACUCAAACACACACAUUUAUAUAAAGAAACACUUACAUAACCCUCCCUCUGCCCCCAAUACACACAAUAUGAAAUAUUGGUUUGGUUAAAAGUAAAAACUAUACUGUUAAUAACAACCAGAAAAGCAUUUUAGAUAGAAAAAAUCACUAAUUCUAAUCACACACACACAACAAAUUUUUGGCUGAGAUCAACACACAAAACCAAUUUAUUCUAACCCAAUUCAUUCAAUCAAACUCAAAACUAUUUUGUAUCUUUUAUUUCAUUGGUUUUUUCUUAUCCCCUGUCCAUAUUGCUCCAUUAAAAACGUAAUUUUUUUGGUUCGUCAGUCCAAACCCUAGCCCAAAAAAGAAGAUAAAUGAUGAUUAAAAAGCCCGAGACACAAACAGAAAAAAUUGCAAUUUAUGAGAAUUGGUGAAAUGAUGCAAACACUACAAAUUACGGAAAAAAAGAGUUCAAGUGACAAAUUUGUUUCGAAUGAAAAAUGAAUGGGUCGUUCAAGCACGAGUGCGCGCGCGAACUCUCGCUCAUUCACACACGUGGCGCAGCGCACGCCAGCAACGUGUACACCAUUAAUAUGCAUGUAAUUGAGUAAUAUUCGAAAUUGAAUGAUAAAAUUGAGUUGGAAAUCUGCAAAUUUAAUUAUUGAGCCGGGAAAAAAAGAACGGGAGCGUCGUUUCACCCUCGAAACUCAAUAGAACAAAUCGAUAUAUAAUAUUUUCGUUGUUUCACAAACAGAGUAAUAAUGCGUUAUUGUUUUUUUUUUGCUCUUCGGUUGUUUUGUCAUUUGUCGCACUCGCUCCCCACCUCGCACUCUCUCUCUGAUCUUUUUUCCGUUACUCCGUCGAUCUGUGUGUUUGAAUUUAAUGAAGCAAGCAAAGACUAAUUCAAUUUUUUCUCAUUUAUGCUCCCCUUCUCUCUUUCUCUCUUUUUGAUGUAGUCAUUUAUGAUUUUCACCGUGAAAAUUAGGAUCGUUGCGAGUUUUGUGAUAACAUUUAGAAAAUUAGAUUGAUAGCGUUAGCAAUUCAUUUAGUUGCCGAGAUGAGAGUGAACGAAUUUCGAAUUGAAGGGCAUGCGCGCGCGAGAAAAAUCAAAAUUCCGGCCAGAAAAGAAGAGAAGAGUUAGUCAUUUGAUUUUAAAUUUCUUUAAAAGAACCAUUUGAAUUCCUUAAUGUCACAGACUCAGAAUAAAAUAGGAGAAAAAGAAUUUUUUUUUACACUUCAAAAGGCAUCUACUACGUCAAUUUCAAUUUGAAAUUUUCAAACGUGAGAAACCCAGGAAAGUCAAUCGCUCCUCAUUGUUAGUCCAAUCGAACAGGAUUUUAAUUUUGUUCCGUCAUACCAUAACCAUUUUUUGAUGUUUAAUUUGCCUUGGUCCAUUCAGCUAUCGUUUUGUUUUUAUUUUUUUUGAUGUUUUACAUACACAUACACACAACACACAUACACACCUAUGGGAAAAACUACCGAAUAAUUUUUUUAUUUUGUCAAAUUGUUGUUGUUUGAUCAUUCCUUUUAAUUUUCCAAAUGGUUUUAUAAUUUUAAGCGUGAAAAAGUUGAGACUGCUUUAAAACAGCCAGCAAAUGGAUUCGUGCGCAGUCGAAUCCGAUUUUUUUUUCUAGCUUUUGAACUCUUGAUAAUAAUGUUUUUUUUUCUUUUUCUGUCAGUGUUUUCGUUUUGAUUUUUUUUUUCUGCUUCACCGUGUAUCUGUCAUACAUAUAAAUAUUUAUAGAACAGCAAAAAUUUCUAGCGUUUGCAUAGUUUUCGUAAGCCAAAUGUUGUUUUUUUUUAAUUUCCAUUUUUCUCGUUUAAUUAUCUCAAUUGAGCGCGCGCCUGUACUCAAUUUGUGUUCGUACAUUUUUCGUAUGUGUGUGUUUUCAUACAAGUCAAUAUAUCCGUGUUGCGGAAUGAAUCGACUAGACUCGUUCAAUAGAUAUAUUUUUGAGAGAAAAAAAGCAAGAAUUAAACGAAUAAAACAUUUCACGCAUUUUUUUUUUAAUGUAGCCAAUCAGUUUUGUUUUUGUAAGUGUGUCAAAUUACUUGACAACAUUUUUCUUUCUGUUCGUUUUUUUUCUUCAUUAAUAUGUUUCGUUUUUGAAUAGAAUUUCAUUUGUUUGCAACUGAAUGUAUUUAUUUGUUGCUGUAAAGUGUAUUCGAUAAUAUGAUAUAUACAUUGAUAUUUAGCGAAAAAAAACAUUUUUUAAAACACACACACACAACAAAAUGAGAUACUUGUGUCUCACUCUCGAUUUACCUCUUUGUUCAACAUGCACAUGUAAUUCGAUUUUUUUGCGCAAUGUCAUUUUGCUUACCUUAGGAUAAAUGUAACAAAAAAAACUUCUUUUUUUAUUAGUUGUAAACGAAACAAAAACCAUACACACACAUCGAUCGGCUGUCGUCGAUCGCGCCGCGUGGCCUCGCAAACCCCCCCUCAUUCAUAAUUAAUGCGAACCACUGUCGCCAUCGACGACAAUAUAGCCAAGACAAAUAUUAAAUAUGCUAUAUUGUAAAACUACAACCACGUUGUUCGUUGGAACUUAUUUUAGUAAAUCGAAACAAGUCUUUUUUAUCAUCAGUUUCUAGUUAUUUUUAGCGUCAUGUUUUUUUCUUUCAAGUACCAUUUACAUUUUGUUCUUUCUUUUUUUUUUUAAAUACGACUUUAAAUAUUACGAAAAAAAAUACAAUUACAUUUAGUUUACUUACAUUGAAAAAACAACAAAAAAAACAAGUAAAAAAAUCUAUAAUUAUUUCGCUAGUUAAAAACAAAACCUAAAGUUUUAGUUGUCGUUAGUCGAACAUUUUGAAUUUAAGUCGAUUAAAAGCAAAAAAUAAAAUAAAAAUAAAAAUUGUAUGUUAUGUGGAAAAUAAAUUGUAUUUUUAUUUGUGACGUAGAAUAUUUCGAACAUUUUGGUUGUUGCAAUGUACUUUUUUUUGAUUCGUUGUUGUUGUUGUUGUGUGAAUUGAUUCGAAAUCGAGAACAAACCGCAAGCUAUUUGUAAUAAAAUUCGUUGAACUUUCGGAUUUUCUUUAGG